AUGCCAUCGCUCUUCCUCAACUUAAGAUCUAUAAACUUACCAUUUAUUAAACAUACCAUCUAUCAAACUUACCACCAAUAUCGAUUCUCACAUGACACCUCUAUUACUCGACCUACCAUCUAUCUCUUACCAUCAAUCAAGUUUACCAUCUCUAUCUCUUCCUACAUAUCAUCUCUCUUUAUCCGCUUCCAAUCGAUUACCAUCAAAAUUGCCAUCUACUUCUAUCCCUACCUAUCAUCUUUCUUUCUUGACUCACCAUCUAUCAUUUAUGAUAUUACAGUAGAAUCCCAACCCUUUUGUUCUUUCUUUCUUUCUUUCUUUCUUCUUUCUUUCCUUCCUUCUUUUUUUCUUUCUUUUUUUCUUUCUUAUUUUCUUUCUUUCUUUCCUUUCUUCUUUCUUUCUUUCUGCUUUCUUUUCUUCCUUCCUUCUUUCUUACUUUUCUUCCUUCUUUCUUUCUUUCUUUCUUUGUUAUUUUCUUUCUUUCCUUCCUUCUUUCUUUCUUCAUUUCUUUCUUUCUUCUUUCUUUCUAUCAUCUUUCUUCCUUUCUUCUUUCUUUCUAUCUUCUGUCUUUCCUUCCUUCCUUCCUUCCUUCCUUCUUUCUUUCUUUGUUUCUUUGUUUCUUUUCUUUUCUUCCUUCCUUCUUUCUUUCUUUCUUUUCUUCCUUCUUUCUUUCUUUCUUUCUUAUUUUAUUUCUUUCCUUCCUUCUUUCUUUAUUUCUUCUUUCUUUUCUUUGUUUCUUUCUUUCUUUUCUUCCUUCCUUCUUUCUUUCUUCCUUUCUUUCUUUCCUUCCUUCCUUCUUUCUUUCUUUCUUUCUUUCUUCACACAGUUCAUUUCCCCAAACAGAGCGCGAACAGGAAAUUUAGCAAAAAUAUCGAUCCCCAAAAAGACAAGAAAAAAAAAAGCGCCUAA